GUGACAGGCAGUGUGAGUGAACGAGUGAAAAAAGAAGAAAAAAAUGAUGGCAAAGAUGAAUGUUGUGUUUGUGUUGGGCUUUGUGCUGGUGGCUUCCGCCUUUGCGACGGACCUUAGUGCAAAUGACUGCGAAAUCAACGUGGAGGAGUGUUCGCCGACCUACUCCAGCUUUCUGUCGCGUUCCGGCAAGACGGUGGAGAACGAUCUGAAGCAGUACACUAGCCAGCUGGUGGACAAAUCGUUCCACUUCCUGAUGAUGUCGUCCGCGUUCAACAAGCACAGCCUGGACCGCCCCGGGUUCGAGAAGCUGUACCGCAAGAUCAGCGACAAGGCCUGGGCGGAUGCGAUCGAGCUGAUCAAGUACCAGAGCCGCCGCGGCUCGUUCGGCCAUCUGGUGCAGCCGAGCAAGGGCGAAAACUACGGCAAGGUGCUGGACGUGCAGGAGCUGAGCUCGCUGCAGUUCGCGCUGGACUACGAGAAGCAGAUGGCGAAGGAGGCGCACGCCAUCCAUCGCAAGAUUUCGCACGCCCACUCGAAGGCCGGCUCGAACGGCUCGGACGACGUCUACCAUUACGAUCCGGACGCGGCCCACUACCUGGACGAGAACAUCAUCGAGUACCAGUCGGGUGUGGUGCGCGAUCUGGCCGGCUACGUGCACAACCUGAAGCACUUCACCUCGGCGAAGCACGCGGCCAACGAUUUGGGCAACCAUGUGUUCGACGAGUUCCUGGCUAAGGUGGAGUAAGACUGGUAGGUCCGCCGGGUCAGCGCGUUUGCUGCAGGGAGAAAGGUUGGCAACAGUUGUAAGCGAUCGCAUGAUCGUGUUGCUUAGAGCGCCACUCCCUUGGCUAAAUAAAAAAAAAACAAACAAUGUAUUUGCAGAGAGUUUGAAAUAAACAUUAAAAUUCCAACAUGUGAUCCACAAAAUGGAAGAAAAUAAUAAUCCAGAA